UGGUUUUCACGCUUGGAAGCUACAGCAAGCCCAAACAAACAGACAGGGAACUCCCGCGAGCGAAGGCGAGCGGCGAUUAGGGUUCCGCCGCCCGUCCGUCGUCCCUCCGCUGCCGGUCCCGGACUUCCUCCGCCGGAUCCCGUCCUCCCCCAUCGAAUCCUGCUCUCCACCGCCAAAUCCCUCCCUCCUCUGCACAGGAAGGUGCCAUAUCGAGAGCUGCCACCACCAAAUCCCGGCCGGAGCUACAGACAAGUCCGAUCUCCUCUGACGGCGAGCUGCUGCACAAAAGUCCGGUCUCCUUCCACUCCUUUAUCCACGCAGACAUCUUUAUCCACGGCAGAAGCCAAGUCAGGCUCUUCUUCCUCAGCGCGCGAGGUGAAUCCAUCUGAGGUGCGGGUGCAGCUUUUCUUCCCACGAAUCUGGGGGUUUGACUGAACCCCUAUGUCCCUCGUUGAGUCCACCUCUGCUUCGGAGGGGCCACCGCCACAGGACGCAUGGCACGCGGAGUUUCAGCGCCUCCUCCCGCUCUGGGAGUCGCUGCGCGAUUCAUCCAAGGUCAUUAUCCCAAUUUCAAUAUCUAGGGUGAACCAGUUUGAUGCUGCAAGGCUAGAUGUCGAGAUGUCUGCCAUGUUGAAAGAGCAGCUAGUCAAAGUGUUCUCUUUGAUGAAGCCAGGACUCUUAUUCCAAUAUGAGCCUGAACUCGAUGCUUUCCUCGAAUUCCUCAUCUGGAGGUUCUCGAUUUGGGUUGACAAGCCAACCCCAGGCAAUGCAUUGAUGAACCUAAGAUAUAGAGAUGAGCGGGUAGUGCCCAUCAUUGGAAAAGAAGUAAGAACAGGUUUGGAAGGACCUGGGCUUUCUGUUUCUCAAAAGAUCUUUUAUUGUAUUAGCUUUGUUGGUGGCCAAUAUAUAUGGUCGCGAUUGCAGUCCUUUUCUGCUUUCCGUCGAUGGGGUGAUUUGGAACAGAGACCACUAGCACGCCGUGCCUGGGGCUUAGUGCAGAAUGCUGAAGGAUUGUACCAAGCUGCUUCAUUCUUCAACCUAUUAUUGUUCCUUUAUGGUGGAAGGUACAAAACUAUCGUAGAAAGAAUUCUGAAAGCAAGACUUGUUUAUGGGAGCCCCAACAUGAAUAGAGCUGUUAGCUUUGAGUACAUGAAUCGGCAGCUGGUUUGGAAUGAGUUUUCGGAAAUGUUGCUUUUGCUUCUUCCGCUCUUAAACUCAUCCUCUGUAAAGAAGUUCCUUCUUCCCUUCUCCAAAGAUAAGUCGGCAGGUUCUUUUGGUGAUGAAGCAGAUUGUCCUAUAUGUCGGUCCAGUCCUAGCAUUCCUUUUAUAGCUCUUCCAUGUCAACACAGGUACUGCUAUUAUUGCCUACACACACGAUGUUCGGCUACGAGUUCUUACAGAUGUCCACGUUGUAACGAGGUUGUUGUUGCAAUUCAAAGACAAGGAUCAGUUUAGUUUACUUAGUCGGGUUCAACAAUUCUUGCCCAUGUACACAGACUAGCUCUUUGAUCUUGAUACUUAUAAGUUUGGAUGCCCCCAUUGAGGAUUCGCAUCAUGACAGUGUACAUGUAAUGGCCCCAAGCAUGGGCAAUUUUAAUGCCAUGAAUUGCUGGUUGUAUAUUGAAUAUUACGUCCUCAAAUCCUUGGAAAUCCAAGCCAUGAGUAUGAAGCAAGACUGCAAGAGA